AGGACUGUUGGAGAGAUAUUUGCUGUCAGUAUUGCACAGGGUGGACCACCUCCAAACUUUUUAAUGCAGUGGUGCUACAACUACAUAUCAACUGGAGAAGUGGAUCAGGAAGCAAUAAGUGAAAGGGAUGUUACAGACCCUGAACUAAUACAACUAAUAAAAGAGAUUGAGGCAGCUGACAAUACAACCCUAAUGGAGUUCACAGACAGGAUUUUGUCAUGUGGAUACACAGGGGCAGUGUCCACCCAAAGAAAAGAAGACAUUGUGCGCUCAUUAGUCCUACACUCCACAGUGAGGUUACUUCCCAUGCUCCAGCAAAUCUGCUCUGGAAUGAAACUGUAUGGUCUCCUCAGCUUGGUCCACCAAGAAACUGACAUCUGCAGACAGCUGUUUGUUCCCGGGUCUUUUUCCAAGAUGGAUUCUGAUUUUCUAGUGAAGUCACUAUCACCUGUCUUCAGUGAGAAGGGUACAAUGAGGCAUCAGAGAGAGUCCAAAGUGGUCAACUUUUUGCAGGACUUCAUACAGGACUUGGAAGAUGAAGAAGAAGAGGGUAAAAAUAACAGAGAAGACAUGCCUGAAGAGACCAAGAGUGAGGAUGAAGACAUCAUGAAGACAGAAAGACAUACCAACAACAUGAACAUUACUGUAGGCAAGUUCUGCCAGUGGCUGACAGGACUGGGUCAUAUCCCACUAAGUCAUUCAGAUAGGGAAGGUUUCAGAAUUAUCAUAGAAUUUGACCAUGACUGCCAGGUGCGUUAUGGGACACAUCAUAGCAUCUGCUAUCCUGUAGUUAAUGCAUGUUCAUGCUCAGUCACAUUCCCAAUAGCACACCUGAGUACAUACGUAGAAUUCAAAAAUAUAAUCUCACAGGCGAUUGUCCAUGGCUAUGAAUUUGGCCGCUGUUAGGAACUGAA